AUGUGCUUCCAAACAAUUAAGUCCUACACACUCUGCAGCCACCACAUCCGGUACAAGCCCGAGUUCUGUCGUUACAGAUACAACCUCCUACACAAAGUUGAGAGAAAAGUCGAAACUAUCAAGGAUCUUUGUCCAGAAUGCCACCAGAAGGAGGCAGCGGGACUUGGUAGACGAGAGGAGGAUGAGGAGUUGAGUGAUCAGUGUCGUGAUGAGCAGGAUAGUAUGAUGAAGGUUCAGACUCGGAAGUCGUCGGGUAAGAAAAACGGUGUUAAUGAAAGUAAGAAAGGUGCGAAGUAGGCUGGUGGGCAAUAGAUAACGUAAUGAGUGAAGCUAAGAAGAGAAGUUAG